UCCGCACUUCUCCGCUUCCCUCUCAGUGUGUUUGGGAUGAUAGCAGCUAACCUGCUAACUGUCUGAGUAACGGAUCUAAAGACGCGGAUUUCCCGCACGGAAAGUUGUGACAGCUCGGGGAGUUUUCGGACGUGUGUGCGCUGAGAUGGUGGGCCAGGUGAAGAAAGGCUGGGAUAAAGGUCGAAUUCCAGGGCUCAUCCUGUAAUCCUGGUCCUCAUUAGCAUGAGAGAAAAGCGUUUUCAUCAACUCAGGGUCAAGUGGUGAGUUUCCGGUGGCCGUCGGACUUCGUGUCCAGACAGAGGAAGGUCAAAUGUCACGUGUCCUUACUCCUCCUCCUCCUCCUCCUCCCCCUCCCUCUCAGGGAGAGAUGAGCAGCGGUCCAGUGGCCGAGAGCUGGUGCUACACGCAAGUAAAAGUAGUGAAAUUCUCCUACAUGUGGACCAUUAACAACUUCAGCUUCUGCCGAGAGGAGAUGGGUGAAGUACUGAAAAGCUCCACCUUCUCUUCAGGGCCCACUGACAAGAUGAAAUGGUGCCUCAGAGUAAACCCAAAAGGUCUGGAUGAUGAAAGCAAAGACUACCUGUCACUGUAUCUUCUCCUGGUUAGCUGUCCAAAAAGUGAAGUGCGUGCAAAGUUUAAGUUUUCUUUACUCAACGCUAAGCGAGAGGAGACUAAAGCUAUGGAAAGCCAAAGAGCCUAUCGAUUCGUCCAGGGCAAAGACUGGGGCUUCAAGAAGUUUAUCCGAAGAGAUUUUCUUCUCGAUGAAACAAACGGCCUUCUUCCAGAUGACAAGCUCACCCUGUUCUGUGAGGUGAGUGUAGUGCAGGACUCUGUAAAUAUCUCAGGUCAGUCGAACACAAACAUGCUGAAAGUUCCUGAGUGCCAACUCUCAGAUGAUCUGGGGAAUCUGUGGGAGUGUUCACGCUUCACUGACUGCACACUGUGUGUGGGGGGGCAGGAGUUCCAGGCCCACAAAUCCAUUCUCGCAGCGAGAUCUCCGGUUUUUAACGCCAUGUUUGAGCACGAGAUGGAGGAGAGCAAGAAGAACCGGGUGGACAUCAGGGACAUCGAGCCGGACGUGUUUAAAGAAAUGAUGGGGUUUAUAUACACGGGGAAAGCGCCGAAUCUGGAGAAAAUGGCCGACAGUUUGUUGGCAGCGGCUGAUAAAUACGCUCUGGAGCGUUUAAAGGUGAUGUGUGAGGAGUCCCUGUGCAGCAGCCUGUGCGUGGAGAACGUCGCCGACACGCUCAUCCUUGCCGACCUGCACAGCGCCGAGCAGCUCAAAGCUCAAGCCAUCGAUUUUAUCAACAGGUGCAGCGUCCUCAGACAGCUGGGCUGCAAGGAUGGAAAAUACUCGAAUAGCAACCACGCUGCAGAUAUAAUGGAGACUUCGGGCUGGAAGGCAAUGAUCCAGUCUCAUCCUCACUUAGUGGCCGAGGCUUUCCGAGCUCUCGCCUCGGCUCAGUGCCCUCCGUUCGGCCUGCCCAGGAAGAGGCUCAAGCAGUCCUGAUCUCUCUCUCCCUCUCUCUCUUUAUCUCUCCCUCUAUCUCUUUCAGCUUGGGGGAGGAACGAAGACGCCGAGGAACAACAUAAACUCGUUCACCGAGACAUCGCUCUCAGCCUUCUCAUUAUUCCUUUCUUUUUCCCCCCAUCAUCCUCUCUCUCUCUUUCUCUCUCUCUCUCGCUUGCUCGCUCCGUCUGUCAUUCCCCUUUUGGUCUCAUUUUCGUUUCUUCUCCUCCAUCUUAUCAGUCUCGUUUUCAUUUUUGUCCUUCCCACUUUUUCUGCCUCUCUUCCUCCUCCCCUCCUUCUUCUCGUAUCUCUCAAUCGUUCAUCUGUCCCUGUCAUUCCUCGCUCUCUUUCUCAUGCCCGCGCAUACACUUUCUUUUCGCUAUUAUUCUAUUCUCCUUUCUUUUCUUUCAUCCAGAAUCACUUUCUUCUGACUCUCUCUCUCUCUCUCUCUCUCUCUCAAUAGUUUAACUUUUGUUCUUUCCUUCUUUCUCUCGCAUGACACCUUUUCCUUUCUUCUCUCAUCCUUUCUCUCUCUCGCACAUGCAGAUGCACAUUCCUUCCUACUUUUUUAUGUGAACACAUAUUCUCUCUCUCUCUCUCUCUCUCUCUCUCUCUCUCUCUCUCUCUCUUCUCUCUCUCUGUCCUGCUGUGUGUCUCUUUGGCACUUGGUCUAAAUCCAGAGACAGUAACGUGUGUGUGAAAUUCCUUCUCCUCCUUUUCGGCGAGAGGAAACGAGUGUAACAGCAGCCUUUCUCAUACAAUAUGUUCAGUUUCUGAGCUUUCUUUCUUUCUUCUCCUGCCCUGUAUGUUCUCUCUCUCUUUCUCUCUUCUGGGACAUCAUCUCUCUCACCCACUGUCUAUCACUUUUAUAUAUAUAUAUAUAUAUAUAUAUAUAGUGUGUGUGUGUGUGAAUGAGUGAUGGACUGGAUGGACUUUUUUGUUCUUUCGUCUCUGAUGGGCGUAAAACAGAUCCGUCCCAGAACUCGUCCCAAAGGGACCGGAGCGUUCCUCCUCCUUUUCCUGUUCCUCUUCCUCCUCAUCUUUUGCACUAGUUCCCUUCGCCCAGCCGUGGGUUUCGAUACGACGUAAAAAGGUUCGUUUAAAGGAAAAAAGUUCCGGCGUUCUAGAAAAGUUCGGCCCCGUGUUCAUGAAUAGACAUGAGUGAAACCGAUCAUGCCCCAUAUUGAUGGCACUAUUUCUAUGUAAAGGACUUACUUGACUUAUAUUUGAAAGAGAAAUACUUUAGUGUGCGUGUGUUUUGCGUAAAAAAAAAAAAGAGGUAUCGCUCGCUUGUUUCUACACUCGCGUUACUCAGACGUUACACUGUGAGAGAAACGAGGGCUAAAAGUCGUCCACUUUUUCUCAAAUCCAUAUAAAAUACGCACACCGCUCCAAAUCUCCAGGUUCGGUUCAUCCGGCGAGUCUUAAAACACGCGUUCCACAACAGAGCAUUAAUCUGUACCCCAACACACAGUGUCACGUUUUCCAGAAAUAAUGCAAGGAAACGUGAGUCGUGAGAGAAGUUCUGGCACCAUUUUUCACACUAAGCACAAAAACACAAAUCCACACCCCAGAUAUGCCUCGGAUAGGUAGCGGAUUUAUUGUUGCUUGUGGGCGUGGCCUGUUCAGCAUUGUUACGAUGUUCAGAUUGCAAAAUUAGUAGUUAUUAUAUAAACACACCCUAAAGCAGGGGUCACCAACCUUUUAGAAACGGAGAGCUACUUCUUGGGUACUGAUUAAUUUGAAGGGCUGCCAGUUUGAUACACACAGUUUCCAGUUUGAUCUGAAAUAACUGCUCAAUUUAUC